AUGGCAGCUAAUUCUCAACAGUUUGGAGUUCUUCAAGAAGUUUCAGUUAAGGGAUUAAAUGAGACAAACUCUAAAGUAGAACAGCAACUGGCGCAAUUAACUAGUAUGGUUCAACAAAUGGCUUUAGGUCAUCAAGUGAGACCUUGUGGCAUAUGUCAGUUGGUGGGGCAUUCUACUGAUGCAUGUCUCACACUUCAAGAGGAUAUCAAUGAGCAUGUAAAUGCAAUGGGGGGAUUCCCAGGGCAACCUAGGCAAAGGUAUGACCCUUAUGCUAUAACUUAUAAUGAAGGAUGGAAGGAGCAUCCUAAUCUUCGAUAUGGGAAUCAACAACAAACUGUACCAACUAGACCACCAAGAUUUCCUUAUCAACAAAGGCAACAACAAACUUAUACACCUCAGCCUCAACAAUCUAUUACCUCACAAGCUCAAGACCCUUCAAUGGCAGAUAUGCUAAAACAGUUAAUAGCCUCCAAUAUGCAAACUCAAGCACUUCUUCAAGGCGCUCAUGUGUCCCUGAAAAAUUUAGAGAAUUCUAUGGGUCAAAUUGCCACUUCAUUAAGUCAAAAUGAACCACAGAAUCAAAGAAAAUUACCUUCACAGCCUGUACGAAACCCAAGGGAAAAUGCUAAUGCCAUCACACUACGAGAUGGCAAGACCUAUGAUCCACCCACUAUUCCAUCAAAUUCAAAUGAUGCAUCAUUACCUCCUACCCAAUCUUCCCAACAAGACAACGAUGAAACCCCAACCACAUCACCCAACCUUAAACCCACUAUUUCCCCUUAUGUCACUACUCCUCCAUUUCCUAGUCGUUUGAGAAAGACCAAGAAGGAUGAAGCUGAACAGGAAAUAUUGGAGACUUUUUGCAAGGUUGAGGUAAAUAUUCCCUUACUUGAUGUUAUUAAACAAGUACCUCGAUAUGCAAAGUUUUUAAAGGAUUUAUGCACCAAUAAGAGGAAGUUAAAAGGGAAUGAAAAGGUGAGUGUGGGGCAAAAUGUUUCGGCGGUUCUUCAAAAGAAACUUCCACCAAAGUGUAAGGAUCCUGACAUUUUCACUAUUCCUUGCACUAUUGGAAAUAAAAGAAUUGAAAGAUGUAUGUUAGAUUUGGGUGCUUCAAUGAAUGUAAUGUCGUACUCUAUUUAUGCCUCUUUGAAUUUGGGACCACUAGAAGAAACGGGGGUGAUCAUACAAUUAGCGGAUCGUUCUAAUGCCUAUCCAAGGGGAGUAGUAGAGGAUGUAUUGGUUAAAGUUAAUGAAUUGGUUUUUCUGGCAGACUUUUACAUUCUUGAUAUGGAAGAUGACUCAAUUUCGUGUUCUACACCAGUAUUAUUGGGAAGGCCAUUCUUAAAGACAGCUAGAACUAAGAUAGAUGUUCAUAAGGGAACUUUGACCAUGGAAUUUGAUGGUGAGGUGAUUCGAUUUAAUAUUUUUGAGGCUAUGCGGUAUCCAAGUGAUGUUCAUUCAUUUUCUUCAAUCGAUAUUCUAGAUUCUUUAUCACAAAGAAUUCUGGAUUCACAUGGAGAUGAUGGGUUAGAUAUUGUUUUGAGGGAACCAAUAGAUAUGAAAGAAGAUUUUGUCACUACUGAAGUAAAGGAGACAGUGGCUGCACUUAAUAGUGGUGGAGAGGUUUCUAAAGCGGUGUCGUUCUUAAAGUUGCCUAUUUCUCAUGAGCAACUUCAACCAUCUGUUAAAUCACCACCCAAGCUUGAAUUAAAACCACUACCAAAGCAUCUCAAAUAUGUCUACUUGGGUGAGAAAGAGACAUUACCAGUUAUUAUCACCACAAAACUUACCCAAGUACAAGAGGAUCGUUUAAUAAGGGUACUUUGGGAAUAUAAAACGACCAUAGGGUGGACCAUAGCAGAUAUCAAGGGAAUAAGCACAACUAUGUGUAUGCACCAUAUUCUCCUUGAAGAUGGAUCCAAGCCUUCUAGAGAAGCUCAAAGAAGGUUAAAUCAACCUAUGAUGGAGGUAGUUAAGAAGGAGAUACUGAAGCUUUUAAGUGUGGGUGUGAUUUACCCUAUUUCAGAUAGCAAGUGGGUGAGUCCAGUUCAAGUCGUUCAAGUGGGUGUGAUCAGGCAUCACUGUGGUUACAAUCAGAUUGUUAUUGCUCCUGAAGACCAAGAGAAGACCGCAUUUACAUGCCCAUUUGGCACAUUUGCUUUUCGUAGAAUGCCAUUUCGGUUGUGUAAUGCUCCCGCUACUUUUCAACGAUGUAUGUGUCACUUUAUGGUGCAGCAAGGUAUUGUUUUGGGGCAUGUUAUUUCAGAAAAAGGGAUUGGAGUGGGCAAGGCAAAAAUUGAUCUCAUUCGUGCAAUUCCACCAUUGUCAAGUGUGAAAGAAAUAAGAUCCUUUCUUGGUCAUGCAGGCUUCUAUAGGCAGUUUAUAAAGGAUUUCUCAAAGAUUGCUUCUCCUUUAUGCAAUCUUCUUCAAAAGGAUGUGGCAUUUGAAUUUAAUGAUAAAUGUUUGUUUGCAUUCAAUAAAUUAAAGGAAUCCUUAACAUCAACACCUAUUAUUCAGCCACCAAACUGGGAUUUUCCCUUUGAAAUAAUGUGUGACGCUAGUGAUUAUCCAAUAGGAGCGGUUCUUGGGCAAAGAGUUGGUAAAGUGCCUGAUGUUAUAUACUAUGCCUCUCGAACUCUUAAUGAUGCUCAGUUAAAUUACUCUACUACCGAGAAAGAGUUUUUAGCGGUUAUCUUUUCUCUAGAAAUUUUUUGGUCUUAUUUGAUUGGAACUAAAGUUAUUGUUUACAUUGACCAUGCAACUCUUAAAUAUUUACUAGCUAAGAAAGAAGCGAAGCCCAGACUUAUUUGGUGGAUUUUACUUCUGCAAGAAUUUGAUCUUGAAAUAAAAGAUAAGAGAGGAUCAGAAAAUUUGGUGGCUGAUCAUUUAAGUAGACUUAUUCGGGAUGAAGAUAAUUUGCAAUUAAAUGAAAAAUUUCCUGAUGAGCAGCUCCUAGCUCUUAAAGAAGUUAUUCCAUGGUUUGUUGAUAUUGUUAAUUAUUUAGCCACUAAAGAGUUACCAGGAGACCUUACACAAGCUCAAAAGAACAAGAUUAAGCAUGAUGCUAAGUUUUAUAUUUGGGAUGAGCCUUAUUUAUGGAAACAUUGCGCUGAUCAAGUCAUUUGA